UCCCUUGAAGACCAAUUCAUAUGACGCAGCGGUUGGAGCCGGAGGGAAGGAGGAGGCACCCGCCAGCCGUGGCCGCCAUUUUGUGCGUGUCUGUUCUGCGAGAAGCGGCGUCCGGAGAGAAGCCGACGAGACGACGGCAACAGCGGCCAGAGGAUGAGCUCCGGCGGGAACUAAGCGCAGCACCGGCGGCGGAGGAGGCCAUUGAACGACAGCCGGGGGCGGGAGGAGCAGAGGGAGGGCAGGGGGUGGUUCUGGUUCGGUGCCUUCUUCUCUCCCUCGGCGGAGGCCCAGGAUGUCGGGCGGCGGCAGCACUUCUUCCAAUCAGCAGCAGCAGCAGCGGGUGCGAAGGGUCUGGCGGCGCGGCGGAGGAGGCGGCGGGGAGGACGCCUGCCGCGACUACCAGUCUUCGCUGGAGGACCUGACGUUCAACAAGCCCCACAUCAACAUGCUGACCAUCCUGGCCGAGGAGAACGUGCCCUCCAAGGACCUCGUCUCCCUCAUCGAGGCGCAAAUCGCCAAGGCUCCUUCUAAUGAGAAACUUCCUGUUAUGUACCUUAUGGAUUCCAUUGUCAAGAAUGUUGGAAGAGAGUAUCUUGCUGCAUUUACUAAAAACUUAGUUGCAACAUUUGUUAAUGUGUUUGAAAAGGUAUAUGUCCUCCAGCGAAGACUGGUGUCGCGGCAGGCGUCCUCCCCGCCGCCUCCUCCCCGCCGCCAGACCCUUCGCACCCGCUGCUGCGUGCUAUUGGAAGAAGUGCUGCCGCCGCCCGACAUCCUGGGCUCCCGCCGAGGAGAGGGAAAGAGCGACCGAACCAGAACACCCCCUGCCUCCUCUUGCUCCUCCCGCCCCCCCGGCUGUCGUUGCAAUGGCCUCCUCCGCGCCGCGGGUGCUGCGCUUAGUUCGCCCGGAGCUCAUCCUCUGGCCGCUGUUGCCGUCGUCUUCGUCGCGGCUUCUCUCCGGACGCGCUUCUCGCAGAACAAGACACGGACAAAAUGGCGGCCACGGCUGGCUGUUUCUCUUAGUGUUCAGCAAGGUGGGUCCAGCGUGGGUCAAGCAUCUGCGAAACAAAAUGUUCCACAGCCAUCUCAUAUGCCAGUUAAAACUCCCCAUCAAGUUUGUCCGCCACCUGAGAAAAACCGUCUGUCUCCACUUCAUGAUGUCAAAACACCGAACAGAGAUCCUCGUCUUAAUAGAACAAGUCAACAUUCUUCUCAUUCUAAAGAUCAGGCUCAUAGGAAAGAUUUUGUAAUGAAUUUAGUCAGUCAGACUGAUCCAAAGCCUUCUAAAACUUUACAGACUGAAAAACAAAAUACAUCAAAGCACGAAAAGCAAAAACAAAGUGAGAAAUUGCAGAAGAAAGAGAUUGAUCAGUUUGAUGCAAAAUCAAAAUCAAAAUCACCAUCUCCCUUGCAAAACAAGCUGCUUCAUAGUAAAGAUACCAGAAACCAAGAAUCUGAGAGUAACAGAGUAUCUGAAAUAAGCAAGAGAGAUCCCAGAUUAAAAAAACAUCUAGAGAAGCCAGAGGGUAAAGAUGAUGAUGCAAAAGAAAAGAGAAGAAGCGUUGAGAGAAAAGACAAAGAAGAACAUAGAUCAGUUGGUAGUAGAAAUAAAAUAAUUAAUGGAAUUGUGCAAAAGCAGGAUCUUAAUCUUGAAGAGGUGGAGAAACAGGUUGGAAAACCAGGAAGGUCAAGUAAUAGGAAAAGAUCCCGAUCUCCUAGAUCUCGGUCACCUUCUUCCCAUUCUCCAAAACGAAGAGAUAGAAGGUCUCCCAAAAGAAGGCUCAGAAGUCUCUCUCCUUCUGGAUCAAAAAUUGGGAAGCCUCGCCAGUCAGGGCUAAAGCAGUCUCAUGCAGAAGACUUUGGGACAGGCUUACGGGAUGAAAGGGCCUCUAGUAAAAGGAGCCUUAAACAGGAAGUCAGAGAUUCAAGGAGGACGAAGAAAAUUCAUGAAGACCGACCACAGGAGGGAACGAACCAGCAUUCUUCCAAAGUAACGUCAGAACCCAAAGAAAAUGUGGAGAACUGGCAAGGUUCCAAGUCAAGCAAAAGAUGGAAGUCUGGUUGGGAAGAAAAUAAAAACCCUCAGCUUAAUGAAGAACAUCAAGGUGUUAGUAAAUCACCACAUCAGAGGCACAGGGAAACCUGGGCAACUAGUAAAGGAGUCCCUUCACCUCGCACACCAAAGCAGCAACAUCGAUUAAGUGUCGAUGCCAAUUUGCAGAUUCCCAAAGAACUUACCUUGGCAAAUAAGAGAGAGCUUCUGAAGAAGGCUAAUGAACGCCUGUCAUCUGGAGAGAUAACACAAGAUGACUUCCUGGUUCUAUGUCACAAGAUUCAUCAGCUCUUCCAGUAUCAAGAAGGAAAGCACAGAUGCAAUGUGUGGGAUAGCCCAUCAGGUGAAAAGGGAAUUCAAAAAAAGAAGCCCCUGUUGUCUGAAACUGAUUUAAUAUAUCAUGAACAUAAAGCUAAACUAAAAAGAACACAAGUUCAACAUUCGUUUCCAAGACUCAACAUGAUAGAUGCAGAAGACAUGUUAGACUAUCACUUAAAAGAUACAUUUCUCUCUGGAAUGGACUGUGAACAAACAAAAACCAAAUGUGGAAGUCAGUUUGGCGAAAGAUCAAGGCGACAUUCCCCUGUUGGAAGCAAUAGACCCUACUCAGAAAAUUCACCACAUGAUGGCCGAAGAAGGCAUGAUGAGCCAAACGCUUCAAAAGGUAUUCGUGAUGAGCAAAGGCCUCCGUUCAGUGAACAUUUCAAGAGAUCACGAUAUGAAGAUACAGAGAAACAGUUUACUGAAAGUACAGGAUCACGAUUUGGGAUUAUUGAUGGAAAGCAAAGAUUUAGUUCAUUGAUGGAGGAGCGAACUCAUUUUGAAGGCUCCCCUAGACACCCUGGCACAAGGGCAGGGGGAGAUGGACAACCAGCUCUCUUUGAAGGGCUGGUCAAUGCAAAUUCUAGAAUUGAAGGACCACAAGCACAGACUAAUUUAAGGUUUGAGGGUACGCUAGGCCAACCAGGAUCAAAGUUUGAUGGACCUCCAGGGCAGGCUGGAGGAAAAGGUUCUCUAAUAUUUGAUGGACCACCAGCACAGAUGGGUGGUGGUCCCUUGAGGUUUGAAGGGCCUUCCGGGCAAGUAGGUGGAGGGACAGGGAUACGGUUUGAGGGUCCCAUUGGGCAGCCAGGGGGAGCAUUGAGGUUUGAUGGUCCCACAGGUCAGUCAAUAGGUGGCAUAAGAUUUGAAGGGCCCCAUGGGCAACCCUCAGGAGGUAUGAGGUUUGAGGGUCCUCAUGGCCAACCGGCUGCUGGGAUUAGGUUUGAGGGCCCUCAUGGCCAGUCUUCUGCUGGCAUUAGGUUUGAGGGACCACAUGAACAACCUUCAGGUAGCAUGAGGUUUGAUGGCCAGCCAUCAGGUGGAAUGAGAUUUGAAGGGCCACAUGGCCAACUUUCAGGUGGAUUAAGGUUUGAAGGGCCUCAUGACCGUCCUAUGGGACCUCAUGGUCCCCCAGGUGGAGGAAUGAGAUUCGAAGGACCCCAUGGUCAACCAGUAGGGCCUCAUGGUCAAGCAGGGCCUGGCCUGCGGUUUGAAGGACCACAUAUGCAGCCAAUGGGUCCUCUUGGCCAGCCAGGAGGUAAUUUGAGGUUUGAAGCACCACAUGGGCAGCCUAUGGGUCCACAUGGACAGCCAGCAAAUAGUCUAAGAUUUGAGGGGCCUCUUGGUCAGACUGUGGGGCCACAUGGGCAGCCAGGGGUUGGGCCAAGAUUUGAGGGGCCUCUUGGUCAGUCUGUGGGGCCACAUGGACAGCCAGGGAUUGGUCCAAGAUUUGAAGGGCCUUCAGUCCGGUCUGGAGGUGGACUUAGGUUUGAAGGUCCUAUUAAUCAAACAGGCCCAAGAUUUGAUGGCUGUCAAUCAAGAUUUGAUGGUCAACCAGGCCAGCCAUCACUUUUGCAAAGACUGGAUGGAUUACAUGUACAACCUGGUCCGAGGUUUGAAAUGGGCCCUGCUCAGCAGACACCACCUCGAUUUGAUGGUCCACCAGGUCAGCAGGUACAGCCACAAUUUGAUACACCGAUACCUCAACGUUUUGAAGAUCCUCAGCACCAGCCUGCAACACGAUUUGAUAUUGCUCUUGGGCACCAGGGUCAGAGAAUUGAAAAUGUGGCUAGUCAUCCUGCUGCAAGACUUGAAGCUUCACCUUAUGGACAAACUGGCCCUUACAAUGAACCUUCAGGCCAGCCUCCCUAUAAUGGGCCAUCACAAGGAAUGCCAUUCCAGAGACCUGAGCAAAUAUUUGAUAACUCUCAAGGACCAAACUUCAAUGGGCCACCUGUUCCUGGAGCACAAGUCUUUCCUAAUACACUUAACCGGGCACCUGGACCUUUUUAUGAUGACAAGGGGCCUCAAUAUGGAAACUUUAAUAGUAUGGCAGUGGGAAAUGUUCAGCCACCACAACAGGUUCCUGUUAUGUCGGUUGCGACUGCUCAGCCUGUACCUUACAGUCAAGCUCAACCACUCUUACCAGUUCAUGCACAAAAUCUUGGGACCUUUGUCCAAAGUCAACCAGGGACAGUCCCACUAUCCUAUCCUGAUAAUCAUCUUGGACAACUUGAUGUAAACGAAUUGUACUCGAAACUACUAUCCACAGGAAUCCUCAAAGUUUUGCAGCCGGAUUCAGCUUCAACACAAGUCAGUGAAGUUUCUACUCAACCAGUUCCAGAGGAGGAAGAAGAAGAUCAAGACCAGAAUGAGGAUCAGGAUGUCCCAGACCUAACUAAUUUUGUGAUAGAAGAACUAAAACAACGGUACGAUAGUGUUAUAAACCGCCUCUAUACCGGCAUUCAGUGUUACUCUUGUGGAAUGAGGUUUACGACUUCUCAGACAGAUGUAUAUGCAGAUCACUUGGACUGGCACUAUCGGCAGAACCGCACUGAAAAAGAUGUUAGCAGGAAAGUCACCCAUAGAAGAUGGUACUACAGCUUAACAGACUGGAUAGAAUUUGAAGAAAUAGCAGAUUUAGAGGAGCGUGCAAAGAGUCAGUUCUUUGAAAAAGUACAUGAAGAAGUUGUGUUAAAAACACAAGAAGCUGCUAAAGAGAAGGAGUUUCAGAGUGUCCCUGCAGGUCCAGCAGGAGUAGAUGAGAGCUGUGAAAUAUGCCAGGAGCAAUUUGAGCAAUAUUGGGAUGAGGAAGAGGAGGAGUGGCACCUAAAAAAUGCCAUUCGUGUCGAUGAAAAGAUCUACCAUCCAUCAUGCUAUGAAGAUUAUCAAAAGACCUCAUCAUUUGAUUCAACACCUUCGCCUAGCAAGACACCUGUAGAAAAUCCACUAAAUAUUAUGUUGAAUAUUGUAAAACAAGAAGUACAGGACACCUGUAACAGUCCCAAAGUUAAGGAAGAGCCAGAGGAAAAACCUGAUGAAUGUAUGGAGGAGAGCACACCUGCAUCUGCCGAAAUUAAAACAGAGCCUGAACAGGUUGAGUCAGUUUAAAACAAACUGUAUGGGGUUUUUUUAUAUUACAGAAAAGAGCUACUGUGUUCUAGCUGACUCUAGAAGGCAAAUAAUUUUUAUAUGAAUAAAGUGUUCAUCUGGGGCAGGGCCCCAGCUGCUUAUUUGGUUAAUAAAUACAUUUUUGUAUUUGAAUUUCUUAUUGCCUGCACAGUGUCAGGUGUCUGUUGUGUGGAAGUUCUGUCAAUGGCGUACAAAUUUAACAGGAAUAGACUGUAUAUGUAAGAAAAAUUGUACAAUUUUUUCAUUUAUGGAAAUGUAAAUUAUAAAUAAAAAUAUUUUUGCUAUCUAUGGAGUGUAAUGUUUAUGCACACCAUCAAAUAAAAAGAUAUUUCUGUUUUGGGGGUGUUUUAAAUUGAACUGAACUCAGGCUUCUACAUUGGCCUUGUGUUUAAAUAGGAUUCUCAGAGGAAAUGGCAAACUAACAUUUUUUAAAGUGGAAAGUUUAAGGAGAACAUACAGCGUUUCAGAAAGGGUUCAUGUAAACAUUGGAUUGCUUUGCUUAGUAACAUUUAAAACACCUGGACAUUUAAAAAGAAGACUAGGAGGGUUACACAGCAAAAUAACAUGCUUGGUUUCAGAUAAGUGCCAACAAUAGAGCAAUUACUGGAGGGCAGGAGAAUAUCCAGAUUUUCCUAAGUACUUAUUUCCUCUAGUCAAACACCAAAAUUUAUUACGGCCAAGCCAAUUUUCUUUACAUUUUAUAGAAAGAAAAAGUAAUGUAAGAUUGCUCAGUUGCAAUAUGGUUAACAUUUUUGUUGGUUUCUAAUUUGGGUCUAGAGAAUAAAGACAUUACGAGGUGAUGUUAAUAUUUAUUUCAUGUAAUAAACUAGAAUGAAGCAUA